UUUCUCUGCUUCCCAGCCCUCUGCUGCAACCAUGCUCUGCCAGAUCCCCAGUCAGGCCAAGAAGCAUCCAAGCUUGAUCCCCCUCUUUGUAUUUAUUGGAGCCGGAGGUACUAGGGCAAUGCUGUAUGUCAUGCGCCUGGCUUUGUUCAAUCCAGAUGUCUGUUGGGACAGAAAGAAUAACCCAGAACCCUGGAACAAACUGGGUCCCGAUGAGCAAUACAAGUUGUACUCAUUGAGUGUAGAUUACAGCAGACUGAAGAAAGAAGGUCCAGGCUGCUAG